CCAUGUUCUCCCUGUCUAGGCCGACAUCGCAGCCAAGACGACCGAGCUCGGCGGUCAGCACAAAUACGACUUGACACCCGACUGCACCCACUUGAUCGUUGGCGAUUACAACACCGCGAAGUAUCGCCAUGUUGCCAAAGAGCGCCCGGAUGUCAGGGCCAUGGCCGCUGGCUGGGUCGAGGCCGUCCGCGAUUUGUGGGUCCAGGACGCCGAGAUCGACUUUCUCGCGCUGGAGAGGGAAUGGCAGCUGCGCCCCUUCGAGACCGGUGGAUGCGAGCCCGCCCCUGACGGCUCCAAGCUGCAGCGCCGGAGGCUGCUCUGUUGCAUGACCGGCUUCGAGGACCCGGAUGAGCGCCAGCAGAUCAUUGACAAGAUCGAAGCCAACGGCGGGCUGUACACGGGCGACCUGACGAAACGGGUCACCCACCUGAUCGUCCACAAGCCGGAGGGGCGAAAAUACCAGGCCGCGAAGAACUGGGGUGUCACGACUGUCUCGGUAGAAUGGGUCCACGACAGUGUCGAGCGCGGCUUGAUCUUGGACGAGAAGCUGUACGACCCGGUCUUGCCUCGGGAAGAGAGGGGGGUAGGCGCCUGGAACAAGCAGAAAGCGCGUAUUUCGUCGCUUGGCAAGAGACUUAGAGCGCACAAUGCUGCGGGGGAGGAGGGUCAGCGGAAGCUACGCAAGACUGCCAGCAUGAAGUUGAACAGCCAAAGGGACAACCUGUGGGGAGACAUACUAGGCAAACCUCAAGCAUCGGGGCCUACGCCUGCUGCCGUCACCCAGCAAGCUUCGACAAAAGUGGCCGUCCCGCCUGCCGAGCGAACCAGCCAGCCGACCCAGCCGUCAGGAGCCAAGUCGCUGGAGACACAGGACUCGAAGCACUCAUCUUUUGGCGUCUCGGGCCACAACGGCGUCUUCGCGUCUUGCUGUUUCUACAUCCAUGGGUUCUCACCAGCCAAGACCGAGAUCCUCGUCAACGUCGUCGCGUCAUUGGGUGGGCUAGUCUGCCACUCCCUCGACGAGGUGGUCUCGACAUCGGGAGCCCAGCUGGCUCACCGGUUCCUCAUCGUGCCGCAAACCUCUGCCGCGGAUACCCAUCCCCGGGUACCUGAAAAUGUGCACGUCAUCACGGAAUUUUACAUUGAGAGGUGUAUGCACAAGAAGUACUUCUUCGAUCCAACCCAACAUAUCAUAGGGCGCCCCUUCCCCGUCUUUCCGAUCUCGGGGUUCGAAACCCUGUCCAUAUGCACCGCCGGCUUUACCGGAGUCGAUCUCAACCAAGCUGACAAGUCCAUACGCCAGCUGGGCGCCAAGUAUGAGGAGAGGUUUACACCCAAUGCUUCUAUCUUGGUGUGCACGUCUCUGUCAGCGGUGCGGAAGCAGAAGCUCGAGCUGGCCCUCGCUUGGAAAGUACCCGUCGUCCGUGCUGACUGGCUGUGGGAAUGCAUUUCAACGGGAUACAUGGUUCCGAUCGCUGGGUUUCUAUUUCCAGAGUUGAAGCAGAAGCUCGAGGGUCCGAAACUGCAAACGCAAGGUAGCGAAAAGCAGAAAAGCAAGGACAGUACCCGAGGAAAUCAGCACAAAUCCUCGAGCAACGAACGGAUAGACGAAGACCUGCUCCCCAAGGCGGCGACGACCAGAUCGAAACAACAUCGUGACCUGGACGAGUCGGCAUUUGUGACCGCCAAAGAACAGGUCGACGACUCAGCCCGGCGUCGGAAGGACCCUCCCACCGAGCACGACUCGAAUACUACCGCCAUUACCCACUUCGAGACCGCUCCCACGCACGUCUUUCCCACAGACGACUUCAACGCCAGUUUUGGGAAGAAGAAUCCUCCCCCUCCGGGAGCUCCGCUCUCAGAAACAUCCUCUAACUCUCUGAACAAAUCCCCCACUACGCCGCGCAAACCAAUGCGUCGGGUAGCAAGCGAGGUUGCAGACUCGGAAGCCGCCGAUGGCGACGUCGGCCAGCUGGGCGACGACCCAGCCCCAGAAAACGAGGAGAACGCGGAGAAGCAGCCACAACAACAGCAAGUGGCAGCAGGGGGGAGUCCAGAUCCAGAAGCCGACCAGAAACGGGCCGAAGCCGAGAAAGCAGCAGCCGAGCGCCUCGCCAUUUCCUCCAAGCUCGUCACCUCCCUCCUGGACACCACCGCGUCGGCCCUCGCCGGCGCCGCGACCGCCCCGCUGCCCAUGCCCGACGCCAGCGGGGGCGGGGGCGGCGAGGACACAGCGGGCCGCCCAAAGCGGCGCAAACGCAACAUCCUUGGCCGCGCCAUCAGCAACGCGUCGGCCGCGAGCAGCACGAGCAACGGCGGCGACUCAGCCACGGGGCCGACCGCCGUCGCUACUACACUCGCUGCUGCCACGGCCAUAUCUGACGUGGCGGCGGGUGCAAGGGGCGGAGGGGGAGGCGAUCAGAAGGAUGUGCCCCCGCCCGCGACGCAGCUGGAGUACGAAGACCCGGAGGCGACGCGUUACAAGGAGCAGCUGAUGAGGAGGAUGCUCGGGACUGCUGCUGCUGCCGCCGGCAAAUCGGAGACGGAGGCCGGGGCGUCGUGGUCUUUUGCGAGGCAGGAGAAGUUGACGCUGGCUGAGAUGGGGGGUUACGAUGUGCUGCAGCAGCGGUAUGAUGCGGUUGCUGGCGCGGGGAGGAGAACCAGGCGGCGAUGAACGGAUGGGUAAAGGCACACAGUUGCGAACGUGG